AUGGCUCGUGGAAAGAUUCAGAUGAAGAGGAUUGAGAAUCCGGUGUACAGGCAGGUGACUUUCUGCAAACGGCGUGCAGGGCUUCUCAAGAAGGCUAAGGAGCUCUCUCUGCUGUGUGAUGCUGAAAUUGGAGUUCUCAUUUUCUCCGCCCACGGAAAGCUCUAUGAACAAGCCAGCAAAGGAACCAUGCAAGGUUUGAUAGAGAGAUACAUGAAAAGUAUUCGGGCAGCUCAAGCUGAACAAGUUAUCAAAGAUGAGGAAGUUGAAGAUCUUAAAGAUGAGAUUAGCAAGUUGAAGCUUGAGAUUGAUGUUCUCCAGAAAGGGAUAAGAUUCAUAUAUGGAGGAGGAAAUGGUUCAAUGUCCUUGGAUGAAAUGAACUUUCUUGAGAAACGUCUUGAAUUAUGGAUGUGCCAUGUUCGCUCAGCAAAGAUGGAUAUUAUGUUUCAAGAAAUCCAGUUGCUGAAGAACAAGGAGGGAAUACUGAAGGCAGCUAAUGAGUAUCUACAAGAUAAGAUGGACGAGCAAUAUGGGAUUGAUAAUAUGGCACCAAUGCUUACUAACGCUGAAUACCCACUGAUGAGUAACAAUCAAUUCCCACUAACCAUACAAAAUGAAAUAUAUCAGUUCUAA